AUGUACGGGCCCUUUCCACCUUGCCUGUGGCCCGGGGCGGCGGGCGCCGUGCAGAACAGCCGAGAACAGACAUCCACGGCCUCAGGCGCUGAUGGCAGUGUCACCCACAGCAAGAAGUCGGUGAAGGAGCAGCGGGUCUUCCAUGCCCACAACAAUGCUCAUGUGGAGACCAAGGUAAUGUCUGAGCAGAAGCGCAAGACCACACGGAAGGACGGUACUGUGGUGAUUACCGAGAGCAAAAGCCUCCGAAAGGUUUGCUACAUGUGA